AUGCCGUCCAAAAAAGAAACUGAUGAGUUGCUGAAAAUGUUUCAUGAACUCGAUAGAAAUAAAGAUGGUUAUAUUUCAAGAACAGAAUUGUUCUCCAAGUUGGGUACUAAAUCACUAGAUCGAGAGAAAGUUCAUGAACUGAUCAAAUUAUUCGAUAUAAACGGUGAUGGUAUGAUAAGUUUUGGUGAAUAUAAACUAGUAUUGGGAUUGACUGGUCAAUCAAUUGAUGAUUGGAAACGUCUAUUUCGAAAAUUGGAUAAGGAUGGUUCUGGUACUUUGGAAUUCCAUGAAAUAUGUUCACUAUUUGGUGGGGACGAUUCCGCUGAAGUGAGGAAAUCUGUUCGAAAUUACAUGAAUCGAUAUGACGCCGAUCGUGAUGGACGACUAAAUCUUAGAGAAUUUUUAACAUUUGUUGCUGAACAGGCUGAACGUAGUACGUAG